GAAUGGUGAGUGCCUGGCACCUGUCCGGAUUCUGCGUUUUUGUGUACCAAUCCUUUGGGCCACCCGGACGCAGCCGAAGCCAGAGCAGAGAAAGGAGGGCGCCACGAGCGAACCAUGAGCCCAGGUGGAUUGGAAACUUCACUGUUUGCCUUGAUGCUGUUGGGUACUCUCAGCCGAGUCUCCACAAAUGAGCGGGGUAAGUGUGGAAGAAAUGAAUUUCAAUGCAGAAAUGGAGAUUGCAUCCCUUACAAAUGGAUCUGCGAUGGCAAGCCUGAAUGUCAGGAUGGUUCUGAUGAAUCCCUGGAUGCCUGCAAGUCUGUGACUUGCAGUUCAACCCAGUUCAGCUGUGGCGGUCGCAUCAAUCGCUGUAUUGAUAUGUCCUGGCGGUGUGACUCCGAAGGGGAUUGUGAAAAUGGCUCAGAUGAAGACAACUGCCCUCCUAAACGUUGUGCAGAUAAUCAGUUCCAAUGCCAAAAUGGGAAUUGUAUUGCUAUUGAUUUUGUCUGUGAUGAAGAUGAUGACUGUGGAGAUAGCAGUGAUGAAUUAAACUGUCGUGCCCCAACCUGCAAUCCUGAAAUGUUUCAUUGCAACAGCUCAGAGUGCAUUCCCAAGCUCUGGGCCUGCGACAAUGAAGCAGACUGUAAAGAUGGAUCUGAUGAAUCAGCCGAGUUCUGUGGAAUCCAACAGGGAGCCAAGAAAACCAACCCAUGCUCUCCAUUGGAGUUCCAUUGUGGGAGUGGUGAGUGCAUCCACCAGCGCUGGCAGUGUGACGGAAGCUUUGACUGUAAGGACAGAUCAGAUGAGGCAAACUGUGUUAAAGUAACCUGCCGGCCUGAUGAAUUUCAGUGCAAUGACGGGAUGUGCAUCCAUGGGAGCUUGCAAUGCAACCAAGAGCCUGACUGCAAGGACCUGAGUGAUGAGGUUGGCUGUAUCAAUGUGACAACUUGCAAGGGAUCAAAUGUAUUUAAGUGCAGCUCUGGAGAAUGUAUCAGCAUGGACAAGGUCUGCAAUGGAUUGAAAGACUGCAGGGAUUGGUCAGACGAGCCUCUUAAGGAGUGCCGAACUAAUGAAUGUUUGGCUAAUAAGGGGGGUUGUUCCCAUAUAUGUAAUGACCUCAAAAUUGGAUAUGAAUGUUUAUGCCCUGAAGGCUUCCAGCUGAUUGACCAAAGAAAAUGUGAAGAUAUUGAUGAGUGUCUCAACCCUGAUGCCUGUAGUCAAGUCUGUGUGAACCUGAAAGGAAGCUAUAAAUGUGAAUGUAAAGAAGGAUAUCAGAUUGAUCCAACUACCAAAGCUUGCAAAGCAAUUGGCACCAUUGCUUACCUCUUUUUUACCAAUCGUCAUGAGGUCAGAAAAAUGACAUUGGACCGCAGCGAGUACACAAAUCUGAUCCCCCAUCUUAAAGAAGCAAUGGCCUUAGAUAUGGAAAUCAACAAUAAUAAAAUCUAUUGGUCUGACAGCUUUCACAAGAAAAUAUACAGUACCCCAAUUGAUAAGGCUGGCAACCAUUCCCACCAUACCACUGUGAUUAGUAGUGGCAUCAAAGUUCCAGAUGGCCUUGCUGUUGACUGGGUGCAUCACAAUAUUUACUGGACUGACUCAGGCCUAGGCACCAUCUCUGUGGCCAGCAGUAAAGGUUUGAAGAGGAAGACUCUGAUCAAGGAAGUCGGUGCCAAACCACGGGCCAUUGUGGUGGAUCCAGUCCAUGGGUUCAUGUACUGGACUGACUGGGGGAUGUCUGCUAAAAUUGCCAAAAGUGGUCUGAAUGGAGUGGACAGUUUCCCCUUGGUGAAAGAAGGCAUUCAAUGGCCUAAUGGAAUAGCAUUAGAUCUGAUUACCCAUCGCCUUUAUUGGGUAGACUCCAAAUAUCAUUCGGUCUUUAGUAUUGAUGUGAAUGGGGGAAACAGAAGGACUGUCCUUAUGGAUGAAGAGAUGUUGGCUCACCCUUUUGGCAUCGCAGUAUUUGAGGAUAAAGUAUUCUGGACAGAUGUCUUAAAUGAAGCCAUCUUUAGUGCCAACCGCCGAACUGGCUCAAAUAUUGUCAAAGUGGCAGACAAUCUCUUUUCACCGGAUGAUUUGACACUGUUUCAUUCUGUGCGGCAACCAAAAGGUACAAAUUGGUGUGAGAAGAAUGGCAUUUCCAAUGGAGGCUGCCAGUACCUCUGCCUUCCCGCUCCCCAAAUCACUCUCCACUCUGCCAAGUACACCUGUGUCUGUCCUGAUGACAUGUACCUGGACACCGACAUGAGAAGCUGCUCCCAAGAUCCUGUUACACCCAAUACCCCAGCUGUGGCUGCUACAACAGUGCUCUCUGCUAAGAUCUCGCCUACAGCAUGGCUACUAUCUACAAGUAGGACUCCAACCCAGAGAACUGAGCAUCUGCCUGCAGAUGUGCUGAAUAAUGUUGAUACCAAUAUCCCAGAACAUACAACUCAUGAGAUGGUCACUCUGUCCCAGCAAGUUCAAAAUGGCAUAGCCGCAGAAACAGAUGGGACAGAACGGAGGGGUCCAUCAGCACUAGCUAUUGUUCUAUCUCUGGCACUGAUUAGUUUAGUCUCUUUUGGGACUUUCCUUAUUUGGAAGAACUGGCGUCUCAAGAACAUAAACAGUAUCAAUUUUGAUAACCCUGUUUAUCAGAAGACAACUGAGGAUGAAAUUCAUAUCUGUCGGAGCCAGGAAGGAUAUACAUACCCAUCGAGACAAAUGGUCAGUCUAGAAGAUGAUGCAGCAUGAAACUGCCUCUACACCUCAAGUGCCUCUCUCAGGACUUUGCUGCUUAUUUUAUGGGAAGAAGAGCACAAAUGGCCUGGCUUCAGUUCUCUCCCAGACAUCCAAUACUACUUCCUGAGUGACUUGAUGGAUUGUUCCCACUCUCCUUUAUUUGUUUAAGAAGGGGGGCAUUUGUCAGCUGCCAGUUUCAUGGGACAUUGAAAAAUUGAUGGCAUUGUUGGGUUUUUAUGUU